GCUGGCCACCACUCCACAAAUGUUUUGUUUUAUUUAGCGGGUUUUUUUUUGUUGUCUAACCACCGCCCCGCCAUGAAAAUCCUGUGCGAGGUCCAAGUGGUAAACCGCACCACACAGGCCAACCGAACUCCACGGCCAGUGAAAUCCACCCUGGCCAUUGGCUAUAAACAGAGUGCCAGGGAUUCCAAUGGAAACACCAAGAAGGAGCUGGAAAUGGUCCUCUUCAGUGGCCAAAACAAAACAGGCAGUCGCUACAAAGUGCGCGACAACAUUCACGCGGUUCACACCAAGUUUGUGUUAGAUGGCAAAGCCACCAUUGGCUUCCUGCAGCCAGCAGAAAACCUGCUAAUCAAGUGUGAUCCCAUUCAGCUGAAGGGAUUCCUGCAGACCCUUAGGUUGGGCAUCGAUGGCAAGGAAGCCAUCAACUUGAGACUGAACAUUGCCGCCGCCACGGCGAUUCCACACAAGUCGCAGCCCCAGGUGCGCAUGGUCAUCAGCAAGAGGAGUGAGUACCCCGUCAAGGGAUUCCCGCGCACUCUGAAAUCGCUGACCAUCAACAACAGCCAGUUGGUGAAGCUUAGCUUCGAGGUCUGUUCGCUGCGGAAUCUUACAAAGCUGGAUGUCAGCGGCAACAAAAUAACCAAGAUUCCCCCAGAGUUGGGUCGUCUAUCCUUGACCUCUUUGCACUUGGGCAGCAAUUGCUUGGGAGAAACGAACGAUUGGUGCUGGCUGCGUGGCACUAAACUGAGUCAAUCCCUCGGCGAGCUGGAUCUGUCGAGCAACGGCCUGACCCACUUUCCUCCUCCACUGGUCAAGUUUGAGAACUUAGUCUCACUAAACCUCAAUCACAACCUGUUGAGCCGACUGCCCUUUUCGAUUCGUCGACUGCAAGGCCUGCGAAAACUUCACGUUUGCAGCAACAAACUGGAAUCCUUACCCGCUGCCAUCGAGGAUCUGCACAUCGAGCUGUUGGAUGUCUGGGGCAAUGACUUUAAGGCGUUUAAUGCUGAGGCCGCUCAGCAGUUAACUCAGCAAACGGCGGGUACCAACUCACCGCAACCUUUGUGGCUAAUGGCAGCCCGCGCAGUGGCCAACUAUAAGCUUCCCUUGCCGGCGGGCUCUCUGCCCGCUGUGCUCAUCGAACUGAUCUGUGAGGCGCCCAAGUGCCUGUGUGGCCAGCUGUGCUACGCCCUUGCAAAGGAGAACCUGCUCCAAAGAGUCGUCCAACCGAAAUUUACCAACAUUAAGAAUCUUACGUACAGCCGAGAGCAUCAGAUCUACGCGGAUGUGGUCAUCUGCGGACCCAGUUGCACUGCUACAACGCAGCUUAAGGCUCUUUUUAGCCUGAUGUUUCCCUGAUUGAAUCAGGUGCCUGCUGUUGGCGCCUAUUUUUAGCUUUAGGUUACAUUAAACCAACGAUUUAUUUAUAUA